AUGAGGCAGAUAGUUGAGGGAAAUUGCACCAUUGUCACACCGUUCAUCCUCCUGGGAUUCUCAGAUGUCUCUGAGUUGAGUGUUUUCCUCUCCUUGGUGUUUCUUCUCAUUUACGGAGUCACUGCCUUGGCCAACUUGGGUAUGGCUGCAUUGAUUCAGGUCAGCUCUCAGCUUCACAGCCCCAUGUAUUUUUUCCUCGGCCACCUGUCCUUUGUGGAUUUCUGCUACUCCUCUGUCAUUGUGCCUAAAAUGCUGGUUAACAUCUUCAAUAAGGACAAAGCCAUAUCGUUCCUAGAAUGUAUGGUCCAGUUUUACUUAUUUUGCACAUGUGUGGUCACUGAAGUCUUCCUGCUGGCUGUGAUGGCCUAUGACUGCUUUGUGGCCAUUUGUAACCCACUACUGUACAUGGCUAUUAUGUCUCCAGAGCUCUGUAGGAUACUGGUGUCUGGCUGCUACCUCUGUGCAUCAGCGUGUUCUCUGAUUCACUUGUGCUUAGCUCUUGAGGGCCCAACUUUCAAGUCAAAUGUGAUCAACCACUUCUUUUGUGACCUGCCUCCUCUCUUAAGUCUGGCUUGCUCGGAUGUCGCUGAAAACAAAGUGCUGCUGUUUGUUGUAGCCACCUUUAAUGAGAGCCUCAGUAUUGUGAUCAUCUUCCCCUUCUACUUGUUUAUACUCAUCACUAUCCUGAGGAUGCACUCUGCAGAGGGGAGACACAAAGCCCUUUCUACUUGUGCUUCUCAUCUCACAGCCAUCAUUGUCUUCUAUGGAACAAUCCUUUCCAUUUAUAGUUCAUCCACGCACAGCAGUGGGAAUGCUGACAAAGUGGCCACAGUGGUCUACACUGUAGUGAUCCCCAUGCUGAACCCCUUGAUCUACAGCCUCAGAAACAAGGAUGUGAAGAGUGGGCUCAGGAAGGUGGUAAACUCCAAGAUGUAUUCCCAAUGA